AUAAAGACUUCAGCCAAUCAAAUGUCGCAAGCCAUACCGCCAUAGGAGUUAUAGAAACUUUUGUUACAAAGGGGAACUCGAUGUUGUUUAGUUUUUUGUUGAUGACUGUCUGUGGUUAUGGACCAAACCAUUGCUAGAAGUAGCGAGUAGUUUUUCAGGAUAUCUACUGACGUGGUUUUAGUAUUAAUGGAUGCUUCCUGAAGCUGACACGCCACAAAUUUGAUUGACACAGAUAUUCGCGUCGCGUGUCAGCCUGACAUGACACUAUGCUCAUUUUGCAUUUGCCUUCGUCGUCUUCAGCCUUUUCUCUGGAUCCAUACGCAGCUAAACAAGACGUCGUGUCUUUGUUAUCGCCAGAUUACAUCGCAUCUCCAGAAUUCUGGUAGAGGUGUAACACUGAAAGCUAGCUUUGGGGAAGCUUUUGAAAACUAGUUGCAGUUCCAAAUCCAAAAAUUUUCAGAAGAGAGAGUGGAAUAACACUGAAGAUGAAUGAUUCCAAAGUCCAGUUUGAAGAGUUUAAGAAUCUAUGUGCUAGGCUGCUUCGAGGUGAGAAUUUGCAGUUCCUUCGACUUAUUCAGAAACGGUACGACAGUUGCAAUGAACAGUUCCUCAGCUCUCCACAGAUGCAAGAACUGCUAAAGAGUACAAGCUCCAAACUAAUGAAUGAUGAAAAACACAUAUUUAUUCACCUGAGAGACUUUCUCGCUGAACUGAAAGCCUGGGCAGUUCAUAGCAGCUCAUCAAUAUUUAAUACAAAUGGCCACAAGCGCAAAGCACCUAUUGGGAGUGAAGGCAUCGCCAAGAGAGCAAGAGCAGAUGACUCUACUACAGACUGUUCAGAUGUUGAGGGCACUGCCCACAAGACACAAAGUUUGCAGUCAGGCGAAUUUUCUUUAAAGGAAGUUUCACAGCUGGUUGGUCAGUCUUUGCCAGCAUCGAACAGUUUGCUGUCAUCACCUAGAACUUGUGUUGUAAAUUUAGUUGAUAAGAUCCAUGUUCCAAAUGACAGCUUGACCACAAAUAAUCAUCGAAAAGUGACACAGGUAAUACUCAAUAGCAAGGUUUUGAAUGGAACAGCUAGUGUGAAAAGUGAGCAUAAAAACACUUUCCAGAAUUGUAUUGGGUUGAGUGAAAGGAGCAGCAAUAAUAAUGAAAACGGUAAACAGUUAUUACAAAAUCAUAAUUCCACAUCCUUGGAGGCAGCAAGAGUUUUGAAUAAACCUAAGGAUGAAUGCAUUUCCAGUAUGGAUAGUUCAGAUUUGGUAGCAGACUCCACUGUGACAAUGGAAUCCAAGGAAGAAACCAGUGAGCUCUCUGUGUCAGACUGUGGCAGGAGUGUAUUGCCAUCAAAUAGUGGUGAUAAAAUGUGCUUGGAUGAUGCUACUGUCUUAAUGUCAGCACAUGAUAUGGAGACAGAGGAGAAACAGGAAAACAUUGCCUUAACACCUGAGGGUUUAGAAGAGUCAAAGCAAGCAAAGCAUGUCAUGAGGCUUGAACGUUUGCUGGAGCAACUCCGCGACAAGAUUGAACAGAUUCGAGAAGCAGAACUGUCUUUACAUGACUUGGAUGCUGAAGACUCAUCAUACAUCCUUGAGGAUCGGCUCCAGAAGAAGUUUGUCAAGGUUUGGAAGAGACUGUGUGAGGUGACAGGCAGGAUGCCUUCCACUGGGAGGCCUGUGGAGAAGGUCUUCAAGUAUGAGGGCACACGGUAUCCAGAGGUCAAUCGAAAGAUUUCAAAGUUUGUAAACAGACGCAAAAUCUUUCCUGACUACCAUGACAUAUGUGGAAUUGUGAAGAAAGUAAACGCAAGACUGAGUCUAAAGCUAAAUGCAAAUCAAGUCAACAACAUUUCAAGGGAAGCAUUUUUGGAUGUUGGUGAAGCACUGCAAAAUCGUCGCCACAAAGAUUUUAUCAGUACCUUUCGUUCAAAGCAGACUUUGGAAUUCAGGAGUGACCAGGAUCCAGCUCUUUUUGAUGAAGACUUGCAGCGGAAAUUAAAUGAAAAUCGCCGGAUUGGGAUGUCACGCCUUGAUGAAGUAGUCAGCAAGUAUUCCAACUUGCAGUUUGAGACAGGAGAAGAACCAAAAGAGGUGCCAGAUGGUUCUGAUGCUGAUCGAUCUCACAAGUCAGAAGAUGAUGAAGAAGAUGAGGAAGAUCCUAGAGAAGAAGAGCUAAGAGAUGGAGAGACAGAGGAAAACAAAGAAGAGAGUGAAUUUUUAGUAGAGUUGGAUCUUGAUGAGAGUUACAAAGAUUGUGGUGGAAACAUCUCCGAUGGCAACAGCAAGGAAAUUGGUGAUAAAACUGUUUCCAGUAGAACCAUGUUUGGUAAUGGCAGCACUGAUGAAGAUGAUGUGCCCAGGGACAUAGGGGAUAAUGUGACAACCAAUAGAGUAGAUGGAACUGAAAAUGAAAAUGGAUUUCAUGAGCAGGAAGUCGAUCUGCCUUCAUUGAAGAGAACCAGUCAGCGACAGAAAUCAGUUUGGCCUUGCACUGUGUCAGUUAAAGCUGUAGCCUCUGGAAGCGAUAAUGGGUUUCAGGUUUCAGCUCUAAAAAGAAAUUGUGAAAGAACUGGAAAAAAAAAUGCACUUGGAAAUAUAAAAAGGACAAAAUCACCAUUGAAGGUUACUACCUGCGUCAAGAUCCCAAGGUACCUCACCAGACCAGCAGAGAGUAGGAGUAAUCAAGCAUUUUAUCCGAGCAAGACAAGCUCUACUGUCAGCAUGCAUGUGGAUGACAACAGUAUCAUGGUCAUUGACAGCAGUGACGAAGAGAACUCCUCAGAAACAACAGGGAAGGGUAGGCAAACAAGGUCUCCAUUAUCAUCCAAAUCAUUGCCGUCUUCUUCGCUACCAUCACUGCACAAUCAAUUUAGCGAAGGGUCUUUCAAGAACUUAUAUAUUGAGGGAUUUAAAGUAGAGAAAUGUUCAUCUGAGGAUGAAAACAAGGAAGAGGAGAAGGAUGUUCUCAUUGUGCUGUCUGACUAGACCCUAGCCAGCUAGCACUUUAUUUCUUCUCCAUCCACACUUGACCAGCCCACUAGAUAAAAUUGUUAAAAAAAAAGUAUUUAUAGUUAUUUAGUAUUGAAUCACUCCUUACCAUAAAUCACUGUUUCAAGUCAAACCAACAGAGCUGAAAGUCUUGAAAUAAAAGGCUGACCGUAAUGCAGAAUACAAAUAGUAAGCAGACUUGAAGCCAUUGAAGGCAAAGCAUGAACACCAGACAAUACUUCAUUUUCUCAUUCUUCAUCUCUUGGUUCAGGGCUUUUGAUCAGCCUCCUAGUAGAUAUUUUUUUUUUUGACAGUUCAUGUUGUGCUGUAAAGAGUGAAGCUGACAUUUUGUUUGAAUGCUCAAUAAAGUACUGAAGAAUUGAACUAAGCUCUAUCCCUGCUGGGAGACUGAUAUCUAGUUGAAUAUUAAAUGUAACUUUUACCUUUAACUUAAGCUUUCAGUUGGUUUUGCAAUAAGAGUUUUGUAUGCAAAUAAAGCUUAAAUGAGUGAUAUUUAAUGUGAGUCAUUUAAUGAUCACUUCCAAUAUGCCACUAAGAAAGGAGCAGGUGGUAGUGUGUCCGUAUUUCCUGAUGUGGCUGUGUGAUAAAGCGUGCAGACAGCAGCUUUUACGCUUGCUGGCAUGCAGUUUUUAACAGCCAAACAGGGCUUCUGCUAAGGCUAAAUUCUUUGGGGUCCCAGGGACCCCUUCUUCAGAUUUUUAAGGGGUCCCUGUUCUUCACCCACAUUUGAAGGGGACCCCAUUGACGAAAAUUGAAGGGGUCCUCCGAACUGUUAAUGCAUACAGUACGCAAUUUUUGGCGUAAGCAGAAGCCCUGGCCAAAGGUUCACAAUGGUUUAAUUACUAUGGCAGCCAUAUUGAAGAGAUAAGUCUGGAAAAAGCCUUCCUGACAUGGGAAGAGAGACAAACUGCCAGCAAUGCCAGAAACUUGCCUUUUAUUACUAUAAUAGGCUAAUCAACAGCAAAAGAUUAUACUGCUUAUGCUCCUGCAGUGUAUACUGGUGUUGGCUGCCACAGCUGCAAUAUUUCUUCUCCCAUUUCUUGUCAGCUGCUUAUAGCUAUAAUAUUUCAUUUCUUAUUUCUUGUGCAGUUGCUUAUUUUGAGGGAAAACAAUUUUUGUGGCUGAUUUACGGUGCAUUAACAUUGGGAUCAUCCACUCAAAACUUAUUCUGUAGCGUAGUUAUAUAACCUGAGAUCACCCCGUACAGUUGUACUGUACUAUUGUACCGUCAUAGUUGAUGUUACUUGGGGAUCGUUCACUCCAGAUGUCUUAAUAUUUCUGCAGUUAUAGUUGAUACCACGGUAGUGGGGGCAGCAAAUGCUUCACAUUGUGACUCCUGAUGAAAUAUUUCCAUAAUUUGCUGUACAUUUAAAAAAAAAAAUUCCAGAAGGGAUGUUCUUAUCACUUGCUAGAUAUCUCAUGUAGAAAGUUGUUUUGCCCGCCUGCAGCAUCAUGUAAGUUGUUGAAACUAUUAUUCUUUUGUUUUAUGACUGUAAAAUAAAAGGUAGUUUUGCUACCCUGUCUUCUCUAAUGGCUAAGUGUUAUAUACCACAACGCUCACUACAACUGCUGUGGACUGGUAUGAAAUAUGCAUAAACAGCCCUUUGUACACAAGUUUCAAUAAAUAGCAUUGCACAAUUUUUUUUUUUUUAAUACAAUGUGAAAGAUCUGUCUGCCUCAUCAGCUGUUAACCUACAACUCUGUGCAAUUAUGUGACAGUGCAAAACCUUAGUUUUGUUUGUACCAGUCUUGCAAUAUCUGUGCAACAAGUAUGGGCAUAACCAACUCUGUGCACAAGGUGUAUGAGAUCAGCUAUGACAUUGCAUUUCCUUUUUUAGUCGAAACCUGUCUGAUAUAACUUGGUAUUUGUCAAACUGGAUACUUAUACUCAAAAAAAUGUUAUAGACAUGGUGAUGGUAGUUAAGAGGAAAGUUCCUUUUCAUUACUUUUAUCUGAUCUGUGAGUUUAGAGAAAUGUUUUAGCGUGAUUUAAAUUUUACCAGUUUCAAAAAUAGGAAACUGAAAUUUUUUGCUUUUUUUAGCAUUUGUUGGUACACAGUUUGAAUAUAAUUCGAUUGAGUGUGUGUGCACGUAUGUGUGCAGAGGACUUCAUUUUAUGUGGAGCUUAAAUUAUUAAAAUAUGAAUUGAAUAAUUUAAUAUGAAUUUUUUAAAUAUUCCGUGUAAUUUACUUUACUUCAGGGAAGAGUGAAAUAAAAUAUUUAAUAUAAACAAUAA